ACAAGCAGCCCCUACCUACAAGCGAUAUGAAGUGUGUUGUACUGUUAUUGGUAUGGACGUCAGCGAUUGUGUGUGGACACAGUAUUAACCGUGUGAGUCGAGCUGCACAUCAAGUGUGUCAUCCGACCGACGGUCGUCUCUUCGAGUUUCACACACGCCCUCUACUAUGGGAAGACGCGCAAAUUAAGUGCGAGGAAAAUGGUGGUCAGCUGGCGACCAUACAGGACACAGAAACCUUCGAAUUCAUUAAGAGUCAGAUUUUGGGCACGCCAGAGAUUAAUGAUGAUGUUAAGACAGGCAUGUGGAUCGGACUCAAUGACAGAUCGAUGGAGGGGUUAUACGAAUGGGUGGACGGAACGCCUCUUCAAGUUGAUGAUUUCAAACUUUGGUCUGCGUCGAAUCCGAACAACAACAUGAACAAAGACGCCUGUCAUGGACAAGACUGCGUGCAGAUGUGGAAAAGAAAAAACUGGCUGUUGGACGAUGACUACUGUUCUUUUAGAAAGAAGGACUUUAUUUGUGAAUAUUUCAAUAGCGGCGAAUGCACGGCGUUGUAAUCGUCGUUUCAAUGAGUCGCAGUCCAUAGGGGGCGCUAUUCGGGAUUGGUGCCGUAGUUAUUAAAUCACAUACUAUUAAACAAAUGUUUUACUACCUCUUUGAGGAAAUAAAAAAAGACAAUCGGCAUUCAUGAUAAUAUCAUU